GCAAUUGAUAAAUCCAAUCUCUCUCACCAAAAUAUUUCCCUCUUUCCAUUUUCCCGCCCACUUCUCUCUCUCUCUCUCUCUCUCACAUUCAAUGGCAAGAACUUUCAUUCUCUUCCUUGUGGUUAUUCUUCCUCACCAUUACAGUGUUCAUCUUCAAAUGACGCUUCGAAUCGUUCCGUUCCUCGCAAAAUUUCUAUUCUUCUUCCUUCUGGUCUCUGUGCCUUUCCCUUGCUGGUCUUCAAGCAAUGGGAGUAUUCUGAAUGAGAAAACAUUAGCUAUGAUAAAACCAGAUGGAUUGUUUGGGAACUAUACUGAUAGGAUAAAGAAUGUCAUUCUGGAAUCUGGUUUCAUCAUUUUCAAGGAGAAGGUUGUUCAACUUGAUGAGGACAGUGCUGCAAACUUUUAUGCUGAGCACUCUACGAGGAGCUUCUUUUCUAGCCUUGUCAAAUACAUGAUGAGUGGUCCAGUGUUGGUUAUGGUUUUGGAGAAGGAAAAUGCUGUCACUGAUUGGCGCACUCUAAUUGGGCCAACUGAUGCUCGCAAGGCUAAGAUUAGUCAUCCCCACAGCAUAAGAGCACUGUGUGGGUUAGAUUCAGAAAAGAAUUGUGUUCAUGGUUCAGAUUCUACUCAAUCAGCAGAAAGAGAGAUCUCAUUUUUCUUUAAAGAGGUGUCUGCAGGAGGAGUGGUUACUGAACACGACGAACUGUAACGGGUACAAGUCUCUUUAGCCUUUACACUUCUACUCUUACAAUUUUCCAAAUUGGAUAACUUCUCUGGCAAUUCCUUUAUGUUGGUUAGGCCAUUUGUUGCUAAAAGUUGUCCCGUAAAUCUUUCAAGUCCUGUGCAAUUAAAUAGGUUCUUGUGAUAUAUAAACACCGGCACAGUUUGUCUGUCAGAUAAUACAAAACUUCUAUUAUUUUAGUGAUUCAAGCAACAUUGUCAGCAAGAUUCUACUUAUAUUUAGGGAAGCAGUUGAAAAUUCAGUCAGCACAAUUCCAUGGAGAUUGCCGAACUGUUUAUUUGCUACUACUUUUUUCUGGAAGGAGGUCCCUUUUACAUAAGAGUUAGUUUUUGUAAGUUAUUAUCCAGUGUGGCUAUGGUGAAGUCACUGAAAAGCAACAUGAAGUAUAGAGGAGAUUGUUAAUUACUUAUCUACACACCAUAGUUAAUCUGAAUCAAGGAGGGUGAAUUUUGAGAAAAAAGUGAUCUUAUUUCUAUUAGAGGAUGUGAUGCUUAGCUCUCUACAGGGAAUAUGAUGCUGACAGUUUAUUAUUUAGAACAUAAACUGAAAAUGUGGUAGGUAAAGAUGAAUUUUUUGUAAGAUUGGUCAUGGACAUGCAAAGUCAAUGAAUCUGCAUUUUGGAACUUGUUCAAUUGAAA